AUGUCUGAUGGGAAGAAACAAGAAAAGAGUGACAUGGCGUCAGUGGAAUUCGAGUCAUCAGAAGAAGUGAAUGUAGUUCCCACUUUUGAUAAGAUGGGGCUGCGGGAAGAGCUCCUCCGUGGAAUAUACGCAUACGGAUUCGAAAAGCCGUCUGCGAUCCAACAGCGAGCGAUUCCAGCCAUUCUUAAAGCUCGCGAUGUUAUUGCACAAGCUCAGUCGGGAACAGGAAAAACUGCUACGUUUUCGAUUUCUGUUUUACAAUCACUGGAUACACAAGUCAGAGAGACUCAAGCUCUUAUUCUUUCCCCAACCAGAGAACUUGCAGUUCAAAUUCAAAAGGUGGUCUUGGCACUUGGAGACUACAUGAAUGUGCAAUGUCAUGCUUGCAUUGGUGGCACCAACUUAGGUGAAGAUAUCAGAAAGUUGGACUAUGGGCAGCAUGUAGUAUCUGGUACUCCUGGUCGAGUUUUCGAUAUGAUUCGUCGUCGAAAUCUCCGUACACGCGCCAUAAAGCUUUUGGUUCUCGAUGAAGCUGAUGAAAUGCUGAAUAAAGGAUUCAAAGAACAACUGUAUGACAUCUACAGAUAUCUUCCUCCAGGAGCUCAAGUUGUUCUACUUUCUGCUACUCUCCCUCAUGAAAUUCUCGAAAUGACGAGUAAAUUCAUGACAGACCCAAUUCGAAUCCUAGUCAAACGCGACGAGCUCACUCUCGAAGGUAUCAAGCAGUUCUUUGUGGCUGUUGAUCGAGAAGAAUGGAAGUUCGAUACUCUCAUCGAUCUCUACGAUACAUUAACAAGCAGUUCUUUUUUGAAAGUCGACUGGUUAACGGACAAAAUGAAAGAAGCUAACUUCACAGUUUCUUCUAUGCAUGGAGAUAUGGAACAGAAAGAUCGGGAUGAAGUUAUGAAAGAGUUCCGUGCUGGAAACACGCGAGUCUUGAUAUCAACUGAUGUUUGGGCUCGAGGAUUGGACGUCCCACAAGUUUCACUGGUCAUCAACUACGAUCUUCCAAACAAUCGUGAAUUGUAUAUCCAUCGUAUUGGCCGUUCAGGACGUUUCGGACGCAAAGGAGUUGCAAUCAACUUUGUAAAACAAGAUGAUGUCAGAAUUUUACGCGACAUCGAGCAAUACUACUCAACCCAAAUCGACGAAAUGCCGAUGAACAUCGCGGAUAUUAUCUGA